AGAUACGUGAACGCGCGCUACACCAUUGCCAAAUGCGCAUUAUUAUUUUCUUGUCGUCAGUGUAAAAACUCGUUAUUAAGGGCAGGAUAAUAAUAUAAUUCUAAUAACCAAGAUAUAACAUUUUAUUACUUUAAUAUUUCAUAUUCUGUUUAUAUAUUUUUAGUUGAUAUGAUGUGGGUCUUUAAGAAAUAUUUCUAUUUAUAACACUUUGAUUUUGAAAUACUAAUAUGCGACCUUAGUCUAUAGAGACACGGUUCUCGUCUCGACGCACGUGUUUGUUUAAGUUUGGUUGAAUAUUAACUUUUUAACUUAUUUCAGACUUUAUAUUAGUCAUUCCUGCACGCAAACAAUAUUCACACAUGAAUAUCAGUUUCUAUUUUGUAAGCUGACUUCAUUGCUAUAAACAAUGUGCGGGUGGGCGGAGUCUUUUGAGAUAAUUUUCUGCUAGUCGAAAUUUAUUUAAAUUUUUAGAAACUACAUAGCAAAAUUGGCUUGAUGAUAUAUAUUUAAAUUUAUUUAGAAGCAGAGUGUUUGAUAGAGAGGUCUCGACCCGUGAAUCAUUGAAAACUUCGGUACAUUAUUGUGCGUGAUCGUCGACCACGAUGGGGCUUUUUCGCGUCAUUGUCUAUGGCCUCGAAAUUACGGCCCUUGUUGCGAUCGUAGGCUUGUCCAUCGCAGUCGCCACCGUCAUGGGAUUGUUAAAGGCUGAUUUUGACGGGGGCUGCCCCCUUUAUCCGACAUUCACCGGCUGGUUUAUCAAACUCAACGAUGUAUCAAACUGUAAUUUCGUCAUUGGUAUGAACAGCGUCGCCAUUUUCGUCGCAAUUAUCGCAGGAGUCUACAGACUAGUGGAGCUAGUAAAACAAAAGAAAAUGGUUUCAAGAUGCAUUGAUUUUCAACAACAGGGUGCCAUACCUCCCUUCGAUGCAACCCACUUCCACGACUAUCUCCUGACAGCAGAGAUGACGGCGUGGUUGAGCUUCGCUAUGUGGAUCUCGCUCUCUGCUUUUACUGUCUUUAUAAGUGUGUGCUGCAAGAACAAGAUGUGA